AUGAUGAAAAUAAUCAUUAUUAGUGUUCUAUGUAAUAUUAUAAGUAUAAAUUGUAUUAAUGUGAAUUAUCUUGCUCAAAGAUGUUAUAUAUGUGAAAAAGAAGCUUGUGAACAUCCAACUACACAAGAUAUUAAAGCUUGUUCUAAUGAUCAAAAUGAAGGAACUAGUGGAAAAGAAUUUGUUAAUGGUGCUUUAGGAGGAACAAAUGCGAAUGAAAUUUAUGGUGAACUUGCACAAGGUUUAAAUAAUUUUGGUAUAAAUCAAAUUGGUUUAAAUGCAUCAGCUAUGCCGUCAUGGAAUAGUCUUACGCGAUGGGUAUGUUAUAUAUCCAAAGAUAAACAUCGUGGUUGUUUAAUGAUGGGCAAAGGUCUUUGUUCUGAAGAUAAAAGUUGGUUAGGAAAAAUAAUUGAUAUUGGAAAAAAAUUAACUAAUAUUAUGAAAAAAGCAAAAGAUGCUGUAAAUAAAAUGUUUAGAGAUAUAAAUAUUCCAGGAAAGUUAAAUGAUACUCAAAAAUUUAAUAUUACGAAUUGGUUUGCAGAGAAUUAUAUGAGUAAAUUAGUUAAUAGUUCAAAUGAGCCUCAAUAUCAACUUGAUACAUGUUGUGAAGGUGAGAUUAAAAAUGAACUUAAAUUUUAA